GGGGCGGGUAGCGGCCAGGGCGCCUGUUCCCCCGUGGGGAUUGGCUGGCUCGGCCCCUUCCCGCGGUAGAGCGGGUGGCUCCUCCUCCUCCUCUUAGCCGGGCGCCUCACGGGGCCGUGGGGGCCGGCCGCUGCCGAGAGCUGCGCUGUCCCUCACCCGAGGCUGGCUCCCGCCGUGGAGCUGCCCCGAGCCGGGCGGCGCCUGACGGCCAGGCCGCGGGCCCUCCGGGCGGGGAGUUCCCGGCCGAGAGAAACGAGGCGGCCCUGCGCUGUGCCGGGGACAGCCGCUGCACCUUAACACGAGGUCCUCAGCCAGCAUCUUGGCAAGCUCGGAAAUUGGUCCCAUCGGUCGCCCUUGUCGUUGGUAACGAGUGAGCACCAGCCACCUGCUUGCGCCUCCACACGAACGGAGAAACUAAGGCACAGCGACAGAGUUGUUCAGUGUGCAGGAAUCUCGGGUGGAGAAGCGAGUGUUGAUGGCUGCACGGCCAGGAUACAUCCAAGCCUAUCCACUUGAAACUAACGCUGGUUACGAGGCCUGCUCCUCUGGCUGGGACCUGACCACGGUUGGGCAGCUUCUCAGAAUCUCAUCCUACACCAAGAAAACUGUAACUAUCCCCUGCUGCUAAAUUCAAGCCAAACACCUCUUUCUGAAACGAGUAGCACCACAUACAUAGGCCAGAACAAUCAGAAUUAGGUUAACACAUUUGAAAACAAACAGCUGGAUUUAAGAAAGUAACUGUCUACAUUUAGAUGCUAACAGGUAACAGAUGAAAGAUAGAAUCCUCCAGUUUUGCCUGAAAUGUAUCUGCUAGAUGAACUGAACUUGAAUUUUCAGAUUACGUUUAACACAUUAUUGAAAAGUUUCCAGCAGGUUUUGAAUUACAUGCCUUUUUGCAAAAGCAAAAAACCUAGUUGUAUACUUCGGUAUCAAGCUUUAACCUUAAGUACAGAAGGGAGACUGAAUGCAUGACAUAGAAGAAUUGCCAAGUAAUUCUAAACGUCAGAUGAAUGCAAAAAAAAAACAACCCACAAACCUGAAAGUCCACCAAAAUGACUGCAAACUGAGAAAAAUACAUUCAAUUGUACAUACGGAGAAGGGUUCCACGUUGCUGAAACAGGUACCAGGGAGAAGCUGGUUUGGAAGACUCCAUGGAAGUAGUAUUUCUACAUGUGGGCUAUUUAAAACUAAUUCAGAUUUUUAAUUUAAAAAUCAGGAGAAAAUACUGCUGGAAGUAACAUUAGAAAGCCUUCCCUCUUCAUUACACACUGAAAACCUGAGAAAUGCAAGGAAAAUAUCAAACACCCUGGAGUCAAAGCAGAUUGUCCAGCUUAAAACUGCUAAUAGCACUCUCCAUCUCUUCUAUGCUACUGAUCCUCAAAAGAUUGUCUCUCCAAUCCUAUUUCACCACCUAAUAUGGAACAAUCAAAAAAGCAAAAUAUGGAUAAGAACUUUCAAGAAGAACGGCUGACAGCAAUUAUUAAAUUUACACCUCCUUUGUACAAACAACGCUACCAGUUCGUUAAAGAUUUAGUGGGGAAAUACAAACCUAAGAAGGUGGUGGAUUUAGGAUGUGCUGACUGUACACUUCUCUGGAUGCUGAAAUUCUGCAGUUGCGUUGAAGUGUUAGCCGGGCUAGAUAUCUGUGCAAGUGUAAUGAAAGAGAAUAUGCAUAGGUUGUCUCCUCUUCCUGGUGAUUAUUUGCAGCCGAAUGAAAGAUCCCUAACUGUUACCUUGCAUCAUGGUUCAGUUGCGCAUAAAGAUCCUUGCUUACUUGGUUUUGACUUGGUCACGUGUAUUGAACUAAUAGAGCACCUGGAACAAUCAGAACUGAAGAAGUUUCCUGAAGUGGUGUUUGGUUUCAUGGCUCCAAGCAUAGUUGUGAUCAGUACUCCAAAUUCUGAAUUUAACUCUUUGCUUCCAGGAGUGACAUCAUUCAGGCAUCCAGACCACAAAUUUGAAUGGAACCAAGCACAGUUUCAAAGCUGGGCUCUAGAGACUGCUGGACGCUAUGAUUACUCAGUGGAAUUUACUGGCGUAGGGCACCCACCAACAGGAAUGGAGAAUGUUGGAUUUUGUACCCAAAUAGGCGUGUUUUUUAGGAAAUAUCCUCAAACCAGUGAUUCUGCUCAAUCCGAGAAACCCACUGAAGCAGUUUAUAAAACAGUCUUCAGAGCCGUGUAUCCAAGUCUUAAAGAUGAGAAGUACCUGCAGAAUGCAGUGGUCAGUGAAGUUAUUUUCACAGCACAAAUCAUAAAGCGAAGUCUGCUGGACCGUUUAAUGUCAGAACAUGAAGAGUAUAACGAGGAUCCUACUGAGAGAAAAUCCGAAUUCCAACCUUCAAUAAAGUGUUUUUCAGAAGAUCUUGAAAAACUGGUUGCUGAAAAAGGCGUGGAACAAUUUGUCAAUGGAAAUACUGUUUAUAUACCUCUUACAACAAUCUUUUCUUUUCCCAAAGUGAAUCAACUUUGUGGUACCUUCGAGAAGUUUUGCAAGCUUAUUGCUGGCAAGGUCACACUGAGCAGUGAUGGUUCUGCUGUGCUGGUCAAUACUGAACAUGAAAACGAAGAGCAUGAGAUUGCAGAUUUAUCAUAGCAAGUUCAGUUAAAGUAUUUUUUUAGUAGCGGUCAAAUGGUGUGUUCUGUAUGCUGGCUAGAACUACAAAAUAUUUUCUAAACCUUCCAGUAUUCAUCCAUCAACGCCUCUGACAAAGAUCAUGGUAACUGGUAGGGUUCUGAAGUAGAGUAUCAAGGGCUAAAAGGAAAGAAUUCAUUCCUGUGAAGAAAAACUUUUAAGUCUUUCUGUUUGUUUUCUGUUACCAUAUUGUAGCUAUCAUGACUAGAUUCUUUUUUGUAAUCUUCUGGUAGCUCCAGGGAGAGUUGAUGAUAACACAGAGCUAUGUUGUUGCACUGAUUAAUAUGCAUCAGACAUAGCUUUAAGGCAAGUUUUUUUUCUUCAUAGAUUAAAAUUUAUAGAUGCCUUUUUCAAGAUGAGCAGAUACUUGGACUUCGUGAAACCCAGCUAUUGUUCCAGAUAAAUUGGAAUAUGGCAAAACAUUUAUAGCUCAAUAAAUUCAAUACUGGGGAAGACUGCCAUGAUGUUGGAUAUCAGGUGGGAGGAAAAAAACAGGUAGAUUUAGCUCUAUUGUUUUAUCCAGUUUCUUGAUAACUACUGCUUGGGAAAUUACUUGCACCCUGUAACUUUCUAGAAGCUGGAUUUAAUUAAUUUGAAACUGGUUGCUUUGACUAUUUUUGAAAAAAUAAUUUAAAAAAUCUGUCAUUGUGAAUGCUAAACUGGCCUCUGUGUACCCGAACAAAAAUUGUGUUUUCACGUGCAGCUGUUGUCCAAAAAGUCUAGAUAUAUUCAGCAGAAAUGAAAAGCAGAGAUGUUAGAGCUAGUAGAGCUUACUAGCUUGGCCGGGGUGACUUCCUCUUAAGUAGAGCUGAACUGUAUGUGUAAAUGCACAGUAAGCAAAUGUUAGGUUAUGGACUUGCGAAGACAGAAAUUUUGAAGGAUGCACAGGAUUGGCUUGUUCAUAUAGAAUUAAUCAAGCAACACACUGCAGUUCUUUCGAAGUUUUUUCACAUACCCGAUUUUUUUCUUAACUAGUAAUUUUACUAUCUCAACUGAGUAGUUCUUGUGAGCAGAGAGAUGGUUAAUUAAAAGGCCUCAUUCUGUGCAUGUUUCACACUGUCGCUGGCAGAUUGAAAUGAGCUAGUGUUAUCAGAACUGACUUAAUAUUUCUGAAAAAUGAAAGUUUUGCAACUUUCUGAAAAUAAAAUUCUGUGUAAGGGCUGGCUGUUUCUUAAAGAAGAUGGCUACUUUCUACCUUCUACAUUUUUCAAAAUAACUUUUAAAUUAUUAAGGUGAACUCAGGCAAACAGAAAAGGCAGCCGCAAUUCUCUGAAUUGAGAAACAGUACAGAAUCUAUGUAACAGGUUGACUUUUAGGGAAAGAAGAAUGGUCUGCAGUGCUCUAUCAUACUGUAUGAUUAAAAAAUGCUUACUUAGUAAGCUUUGUCUUUUGUGGGAGAUUUUUACUCCUACAACAGAUAGACAUGGAUUAUUGGAAAUUAUCACAGUAUUUAUAAUUAAAGAAUUUAAUUCAAAGUCAUCUUAACACAAUAUUUAGAAUGGUUUUCCUUUUUUUGACAUUGUGAUAUGAACCUGCCAUAGCUGGUAUGUUAAAAUGUAUGUAAAAUUCAGAGUUGGUAAAUGUUCUUUACACACUAGUAAGUAUAGCUGUUUGAGAAUAGCAUUGAUUUGUUAUUAGAAAAUUUCUGUGCGGUUCACUAUAUGGUUUACUGUAGUUAGAAGAUUUUUGGACCACAGAACAACUUCUUGUGUCAUUCCUUUUUGAAAAUUUUAUCUUUAAUGUACUAUAUAGCAUGAUCACUUUAAAAUGAGGAAAAGGGAAGAGGAAGGGAACUUGUCAGAUUUGGAAUGAUAUUUGACUUGAAUUUUGAAUCCACGUAGCAUCUGAUUACAGCAAUGUCUUGUGAACAGACAAGACUGUCUAUGAAUACAUGCUGCUUUUUCCUCAAAACAUUAUAUGCUUAACGUUCUGUAGCUAUAUUUGGAAAAUGGUUUAUGUGACUAUUUGGUGGACUGAUGUGAAGGGGCCUAAACCAUAAUCCAGUUUUUAAGGGGUUCAUGGAUCUUCUCCCCCUUUUUGUAAAUGGGUUUUCUUUUUAAUGAAACGUUGGCAAGUAUCAAUUUUUACAUUCUUGCUUGGGCCCUUCCUGGGGAAAAGCUAAAGUCAAACUACAGCUGUUUGGCCUGAUCUGUUUCCAGUGUUCCUUAGUAUACAUAUGUGUACUGGAACCGGAGACCUGUUACACAGCAUAUACAGAAGUGUGAUUUAGAAUAUAUACAUUUUAACUGAGACUGCUAGCUUUUACAAAAACGAGGUAUGCUAUUUUGUGUGCCAGCUUGCCACAUUUCCACUGGCUUAAUCAAAUUUUAAUCAAGAUUUUCACUGAAGUACUGAAUUAACUGUUUUUUUUCAGGAGCGGUUUAACUCUCACAGGAUUCACUGUGCACAGCUCUUCAUUAUCAGGUUGGUUAUUUGGUUAAAUUAUUAUACAUAUUUGUGAAUAAACACAGUGUUUAUUUUGUCCCAUUUAAACCUGCAGUUUGACCAAGGUCAAAUCUGAUGUCUCAAAUCAGGAUGAUAAAAGGAAGUUUAUGAAGAUGAAAUGUUUUAGACUUGAGGUAAUAUCACUGACCAGCAGAUGGCACAGAUAUCUCAAAAAAGAUCAACCAUAGGUUGUUCAAAACUGUAAAAUCCAAAUGCAGAUUUAAAAAAAAAAAAAAAAAUCCCACCUCCAAACACCACCACCACCAAACCUACAAACCAAAAGCACCGGUUCAGUAUCCUGAAUAUAAGGGAUACAAUAGCUAUUGAGCAAGCCAGUAGGGAUUGAUUAUGGCCAGAAUAGCUGAACAGAAUGUUUCUGAUCAGUGUUUUAAAUUAAUAACAACAAAGUAAGGAAGUUAUAGAAAUAAAUUGUAAAAAUAGCCCGUCGCUCAUUUUAAUAAAUAAAAAACUGCCCAGUUGUGAGAGCUGGAGGAGUUAAUUGUCUGUCUCCCCAGAGAC